UCUUUCACUGGUUCUGUACGCGCACAAAUCUCAAAAUGCCAACAGUGGUACUUCUUGAUGUCUCACUUUCCAUGCUACGGGGCGUUCAAACGCCUGAAGAUGAGUUUGUAGAACGCCGUCAUCUUGCUAUGCGCGGGCUUCACGUUUUCUUUGACUACUUAUCUAGCAAGUUUAAGUUGGAAUUCUCAGCUUUGUUGGCCUUUUCAUCCUUAUGGGAGAUUGUUGUACCGUUUACCAGAGAUUACCAAGCACUAAAGCAGGGUUGUAUAACAGUAGAUGUCUACGACAAGACAAGUUUUGACAAUGGUUUUAGUGGUGUUGUCGGCCAUGUUAUUGAGGAGUGGGGCACCUCUGUGCCGUGUCAAGUGAUCCUUGUUACAGAUGGCCGCACGGGGUCUGGUCAGGGAUCGCUCAAGGAGCUUUUAGAAGGGAAGAGAAAGGAGAAUCCUGACCAACCUUCCCCAUUUCCCAUCCCGUUUCCUUGUAAAAUACAUGUUGUAUGCAUUGCAACAGCAAAUGAACUGGGAGGGGAUCUGAUGCUGUUUCAAAGACUUUGUGAUUCUGCAGGUGCUGGAGGAAGUGUUUAUGUGCCUGACAUGCCACUCAGUGUCCAGUCAGUCCAGAAUGUUUUUACGCGCCUUGCUCAAACUCAUUACAUAAGCUACGAGGGAACUCUGUCAUGUGGCCAUUUGCAAUCCAAAAUAACACUGUCACCGGCACCAGAUUUAACAAGCAUACUUGAGACAUCUAAGAAAACCACAGGCCAAGAGAAGACGAGGAGAAUGCCAAAUGAACUGUCAAUAUGUGGUUUUCUCGACGUUGCAGAUGCUGGAAGCCCACCACAUAUAUCUCGUCAUCUUGUGAUUCCAGUUCCAACAUCAUCCGCAGAUAGCAAGGAUAAAGAAGGAGGAAAGGAGACUGUUAGAGACACUGAUGAGGACGGUAAAACUCCUUCCUUCUGUGUACUUCUACACGGAAGUUUGAAAGUAGAGAAAAUGGUGGCUAUUGUUAUGUUAGAGUGAGUAUGAUUUGAACAUCUAGGUGAUGCAGGUUUUCUAUGUUUAUGUUUGUGGCACUUCAGUAAAUGACAUUCUGUAAUUUUGCAUGUUUUUCUUUGUUUGGGUAGUUUUUUUUUUUUUCGGUUUUUAUACCUGGUAUAACAUAGGAUCUUUAAAGAAAUGCUGUUAUCUUUUCUGUGUACAUAUGAGAACACACUUAUUAUCAGAAGACUGACCUUUCACCUUGAAGGUCUUAUGUAGUGUAUACAUGUAGUUAAUAUUAUAAUUGCUUGCUUAUUUUCUAGCUCUGACUGGUUUGGAAUGCUUCAUUCUUGGGCAGACAGCAAAAAGAAAUCCAAUCUUGUUCUCACAACAUUCUUUCCGGGUGAAAACAACAUCUCAUGGCUUGGUAAUAUGCAGAAACUUGGUCCAGCCGCAGAACUCGACUCCAAUCCGUAUCAGACUUCAGACAAUGAUGAAUCUGAGACAACACCCUUUCCAGUUUUGCCAAGUCAGAGGAGAAGCUACAAUUCACAAGCCAAUGUUGUCUGGAUCAAACCAAGUGGAUUACAGGUAUGGGAGAUGUGGCAGCUGGUUUGUAGAAAGAGAUGAGUGAAGACAAAAAUAAUUAAGGACAACCAGAUUGUAUCUGUGUGGAUGUAAAUGUUCCUAGUUGUCCCGGAUUUUUCAGGCAAAUGAAGACUUGAAAUUGUAGAGGUCUGCAAUUAUCAUCAAUGGUGGGAUGUAAAUCUGAGGAAUCAGCAGCAUUUCCACUUUUUUGGUAUCCUUAAUAUUUGAUAUUAUCAGUGAUAUGGCUUUACUCAGGGAAAAACCUCAGUUACUUGGAGUAGUUCCAGCAAUUGUAUAUCUAGGAAAUCUUGGACAUAUGUGAAAAGAUUUGCUGAUAUUUGAGCAAAAAUCUAGGAUAUGAUAAGUAGCUCAGUGAAAUCAUCAAUUGUGUUUGAUUUUCCCAGCAUUUGAAAAUUAGCUUUGACAGUUAGUUUUUUGUUUAUACUUUCAGUCUGAUGUCCAGAAGCUGUUGCGGUAUGCAAAAAGGCUUCCUGAAAAGCAAGGCCAAUUUUAUAAGGUAACAGUGACAUAGUUUGUGAAAGUUGUAUCAGGUUAAACCGUGGUUUUGUUUCAAAAUUUUUCCUGAAAAAUUUGCUGCAGGUCACCAAUCUAAAAAAUGUUUACUGUAAUAUUAAAAUAUGAAUGAAUUUGAUAAAAUAUAGAAGAUCAUUAAUUGGUUGAUUACUGUAAAAGUCCAGAGGUUAAAGGUCAAAACUACAAUACAAUUCCCAUUGCUAAACUAUGAACACUAUUGCAAAGGAAUUCACCUUGUUUCAUCUGUUAAACUAUUUUACCCCAUGCAUUUGCAGUAGUAAAUUGAGUAGCAAAAUAUUCCUAAACCAAGAUGUCACAUCCAUUUGGCAAGAGUUUACAGCAUAUCUACAUUCUGGUACAUGUACGUAUUCAAUUUCCUUCCCCAUCACUUUUUUAGGAACUAAACAGACUGCGCCGUGCUGCCUUGUGUUAUAGUUACUUGGGCCUUUUAGAUGUACUGGCGAGUAUGUUAGACAAAGAAUGUCACAAGGCAACUGAUGAGGUAGCUCGCCAGUUACAACAUGCCUCACAAAGUCUUAGAAGUGCUCCAAGUUUGGAUUUAAACAAGCCUAUCACUCCAGCUCAAGAUUAAACCUGCUGUUGGUUAAUUUGUCCAAUGUAAACAGCUUUUUUUUGUUUUUCUGACACAGAUGUAACUUAAUUAGAACAUUCUGAGGCAGAGUUAAGAACAGAUCAGGUGUACUUUCUAUGUACAGAUGUAUGCAAUGGUUGGUUCAUAGCUAAGUAACAGUACUGUUUAUGAGUGGACAACUGCUGCCAUCUUUUUUUGUUUUAGGCACAGCAAACAGUUUGUUUGCUGACCAUAACUUACAUCUACAGUACCCUUGAUGAAGAGGGCUAUUAUAACAGGUAUCAAAUGCAAUUAAAUGCAGUUUAAUGGAGUGAACAAGAAAGAGAAUCAGCAUUCUCUAGUAGUCUCUGCUUGAGGCAUUCCUGCAUGCACUUUCAUUGAGUGUGAACUUGCAGCUUUGAGAGGAGUGCCAGCUCAUCAUCCAGGCAGUUUUCCCCACCCCUUCCCUCCCUCUUUCCACUGUUUAUUCAGUGUGAUGGGUGCCUGAUUCCCUUUCCUGUGUUGGGGCUCAUGGCUGGGUUGCCAGGAUUUUCCAGCCAUGGGAGAAGUCUCCAUCUAGGAGCUGGCUGCCAAUAGUGAAAGCUCCUGGAUGUUUCAGGCACCCAACCUUCACUUAGCAAUACAGUUGUUAAAAGUCAGUUAUCAUCAUUCAAAUCUCUGCAAAAUAGCAGAAGAAUAGCAAAAGAACAAUGGCUGAACAUGGUUGAAAGUGCUUUCAGUGUACAUCAGCUAUGGCAUGAAAUGUCAUCAACUUAUCUUUGUUCACUAUAAACAGUACUAAUAGCAUGAAGAAAAAUCAAGGUCGGACAGUUCAAGUGUGUUGAAUUGUAUUGUCAUCAACAACUUGACAAGUUACAUUUACUGGG